AUGAAAUUGAUUACACAUCACUCGGUAUUUGGUGAAACACGAUUUUGGCUUUAUUCUGUUGAAUGGCAAAAACGAGGUUUACCUCAUGCGCAUAUUUUGAUUUGGUUGGUGGGCAAAGUACGCCCAGAAGAAAUUGACAAAAUUAUUUUAACGGAAAUUCCAAAUCCGAAUGUUGAUCAAGAAUUGUUUGACAUUGUAACUACUAAUAUGAUCCAUGGUCCAUGUGGUUCUCUCAACAUGACGUCACCAUGUAUGGAUAAUGGAAAAUGUACGAAACGUUUUCCUAAACCAUGUCAAACUGAAACUAUCACCAAUAUCGAUGGUUAUCCAUCUUACCGUCGUAGAGAUGUAGACAAUGGCGGUCAAUCAUAUGAAUUGCGUCUAUCAAACGGUGUAAGAGUUGACAUCGAUAAUCGCUGGGUGGUUCCAUACUCACCAUUGCUGUGCAAAACCCAUAAAGCACACAUAGGCGUUGAGUUAUGCAGUUCGGUGAAGUCUAUCAAGUACAUUUGUAAGUACGCUCAUAAGGGCAGUGAUAAAGCUAUAUUUGCUGUUCAAAAUGUAAACAAGAAUGACGAAAUAACACAUUAUCAAAUGGGACGAUACAUAAGUAGUAAUGAAGCUAUUUGGCGAAUUUUUACAUUUCCUAUACAUGAAAGGGAUCCUCCUGUUGUACAUUUGGCUGUGCAUCUUGAAAAUGGACAGCGUGUUUAUAUCACAGAACAGAAUGCACUACAACAAGCUUUAACAGCUCCAAAAACAACUCUUACUGAAUUUUUCAACCUUUGUAAUCGACAAGAUAUUGUUGGUGAAUUUACAAAGACAUUAAUGUAUACUGAUGUUCCUAAAUUUUUUACAUGGAAUAAACAAUCAAAAAGUUGGGAACCACGGAAACGAAGCACUCCAGUCCCAGGAUUUGCCGACAUAGUUAUGACAAAUACUUUAGGUCGAUUAUAUACAGUUCAUCCUAAGCAACGCGAAUGCUUUUUUCUGCGUUUGUUAUUGGUUAACGUUCCUGGACCGACAUCCUUCCAAUACUUGCGAAAAGUCAACGGUACUUUAUACGGCACUUUCUUUGAUGCGUGUCGUGAGUUACAUUUAUUGGAGGAUGAUAACCAUUGGGACCUCACACUUGCAGAUGCAGCACUGAGCUCAUCUCCACAGCAAAUUCGUCAAUUAUUUUCAAUAAUAUUAACAACGUGUUUUCCGUUUGAAGCAUCUGCUCUGUGGAAUAAAUAUAAAGACUCUAUGAGUGAGGAUAUUUUGCAUCGGAUUAGAAUUACUAAUCAAAAUCUCAGUAUGGAAUUCUCCGCAGAAAUAUAUAACGAGACAUCAAUAAUGAUUGAGGUUAUUUGUAUUCUUAUUUCGAACAUGCCGCUCAUAAAUUUUGGCAUGCCAGCGCCAAUCCGCCAAGCAGCAGAUAUCAUCAACAGCGACGUUCAACGUGAACACCAGUUCGAUAUGACUUCUCUGGCUACUUUUGUUGCUAACAAUGAACGAUUGCUUACUGCUGAGCAACGAAAUAUAUAUGAUCAAAUUAACGUGUCAAUUGCAGCACAACAAGGUGAAUUUUUUUUCUGGAUGCACCAGGUGGCACUGGUAAAACAUUCCUCAUCUCACUAA